GAUCUUUCAUGUGGUAUUUCCAUCCAAAAGGAUAAUUUCACUUCUAUUCGUAUUUUCCUCAUUUAGGUUAUAACUUGGUCUGGAGAUGCCAUUGGUGACGGAGUCAAAUGGCCCUUAAAGGUGGGAUGCAGUGAGUAUGAUCUAACUCUGGAACAAAUUCAUCAGAAACAACGGAAGAAGCUUUCUGUUCGUGAGUUUAGGGUUCACCGGGCAUAUAACGGACGGUACUGUCCAUGCUGGCAAAUGGGGUGCCGAGUCGCCCUUGAUACUCCUUAUCCGGACGAGCCUCGGCUCCAGGCAGAGGAAGGAGCUAUCAUUCAUGUCACCCGGAGCACCAGGUACGUUGCACAUUGCACCCCUUUCCUAUUCUGCAUCUGUUUCUUUUAUACAAUCAGUUCGAACGGUGUCAAUAACCCAUCUCUUGGG